GGUGUCGACGAGGGGCCUCGCUCUACCGGGACGUUUUGCGGGCCGCGCUUUCCGCGUGGGGUGGUGUGGUGACGAGGCCGCACGGCCGAGUUAUAUCCAUGCGCUGAAACUCUGUGCGGGCCCGCGAAAAAAAGCGCGGAGCCGAGAGAAGCGAGGCUGGAGGCUGCGAUUUUCACGAGCGGUAGUAGCGACGACGACGUUGUGGUGCUCUACAAGCGAGUACCGCCGGCGAGGAUCAACGGCGACGGCAUGGCUGCCACCGGCCUGUCCGAAGAAGUCCGAGAGCCGCCGGACAGGCGCCUCAUCGAACGAGAGGGCAGUCCGGAGGCACCGUACCCACCGGCCGAGCCUGGUUUCGUGACGCCGUCCGUGCCGGGCGGCGGACCGGGCGGCAAGCGUGUCCGCUGCAUGGACAUGAACUUGUACGCCACCAAGAAGAGCAUCGCCCAGGGCAUGAUGGACAUCGCGCUGCUCACGGCCAACGCGUCGCAGCUCAAACACCUGCUGCACGAGGGACCCGAGGCGAACCGCUUCUACGGGCUCACCGUUGCCUGCGUCGCGCUCUCCAUAGGGCUGCAGGUCAUGGUGGGAAUACUCUUGAUAUUCAACGGCCGAUACAACAUCAACAAGACGCACCAGCAGCGGAGAGCGGAGCUGUUCAACAAUGUUAUCAUCAUCGGGGUCUUCCUCAUAACAGUCAUCAACAUAUUCGUCUCUGCUUUCAGUGGUCCAGAUUCUCCCAGAUGGACUGAACGCUCACGGCUACCGUGAAAAUACGUAUUAGCAGCAUUCACUUGGCAUCAUCAUGUGACAUUGCCAUCAAUUCUUUUUUAUUCCUAUUCAUACAGCAGCAAAUCCUAAUAACAGCUACUAUAACAUAUUUUGUUUUCAUGUCUGAAGAGCAGGUGCUGUUCUGCUUUCGGUAACCUAUGGCUAGUCGUGUCUCAACGUCAAGGAACUUCUAUAUGCAAUAAAACAGUAUU